AUGUCUUCCACACUUCCUUCAGUUUCUGUUGAAACUGCCGUUACAAUUCCGAUUGCAACAAUUACAUCAGUUUAUGCUUCAGCUUCAAGUUACUACUAUUCAUCUCUUCUACCGGUGAUGAAAACUGAAACAAAUUUGGAUGCAAAUGUAAGUUAUUCAAAUAUUGGUGAUGAGCUCCAGGCUACUAUGUCAUACUAUUCGUUACUUGAAGUUCAGGCAACAGCGACAGACCCCCAAGUUAUAGUUUCUGUUGCUGCUGAGGCUGCCACAGCUUCAGAGGUUAUGAAUGAAAUAUAUAAAUCCAAUACCAUGUAUGAAGGAAACCGGCCUUCUUUGGGAGGAAAUUUAGCAUUAGCAAUCGUUUUUGGCUUCAUGUUGGUCUUACAGGCUGUAUUUGGUAUUAUGACCAAGCAGUGGUGGUUCUUUGUUACAUAUAUGUGUGGUAUUUUCCUAGAAGUUUUAGGUUAUUCGUCCCGCGUCUGGUCGCAUUAUAACCUUAACAAUUUUGAUGCCUAUGUUAUGCAAUUUGUUUGUAUUACACUUGCUCCCUGCUUCCUUAUGGCUGGAAUUUACUUUAUUUUAGCCCAGCUGACUGUUGUAAUGGGGCAGGCAUUUUCAAUCCUACGUCCUAUGCAAUACUCGUUGAUAUUUAUCAUCUGCGAUCUUAUAUCAAUUGUUCUUCAGGCAGCGGGAGGUGCUAUGGCGGCUAUAGAAUUAUCAGAUCAUAAAUCAACCAGAGUUGGAUCCAAUGUAAUGGUGAUUGGCCUCGCAUAUCAGGUCUUUACAAUGGCUCUGUUCCUAAUUUUAUGGUUCAUUUUUUGUUACAGAUGUUAUAUUUCAAAAAAACGAUAUGGUUCCAGGAUCUUUUCCAAGGAAUUUGAGCACGUCCGCCAAAGAAAGAUGUUUGUCCCAUUGUUUUAUUCUGUGACAGUCUCAGUUAUUUUGAUUUUUAUUAGGUCGAUCUACCGUUUGAUUGAAAUGGUUGAGGGAUUCAGUAGUGAUAUGGCAAAUAAUGAAACCAUGUUUAUGUUUUUUGAGGCGUUAAUGGUUUCACUUGCUACUCUCUUGAUGACCAUCUUCCAUCCCGGGUUUUCCUAUGGAAGAAAAGCAUACAUACCAGUGGAAAUGAAUAUUCGAAAGAGUUUGACUCUGAAAAGCGAACAUUUCCGCAAUGUUGCAAGAGAUAAAAAACUGGAAGUUGACUGCGAAACCUUCAAUGAUGAUUCCAGCGAGUGA